AUGUCAUCCUCGUCUCCUACCCUCCCACCUGCCCUCUCCCGCCCCCUCGACGUCCUCCUCAUCGACAACUUUGACUCCUUCACCUGGAACCUCUACCAACAACUAUGCCUCCUCGGCGCAGACGUGACUGUGAUACGAAACGACGCCAUCUCCCCCGAGGUGUUCCCCGAGCUCAAGCUCAACUCGCUGAUCAUCUCCCCCGGUCCCGGGCACCCCAAGACGGAUUCUGGAAUCUCGCGUGCUGCGAUUGAGUUUUUCAAGGGGAGGGUGCCGGUGUUUGGGGUGUGUAUGGGGUUGGAGUGUUUGGUGGAUUUGUUUGGCGGGGAGAUUGCUUACGCUGGGGAGAUCAUGCACGGUAAAGUAUCCCGGAUCCUGCACGACGAGCGAGGAUGCUUCAAAGGGAUCGCACAGGGGAUCAAAUCAACGCGGUACCACUCCCUCAGCGCCGCACAUACCACUUUGCCUGCGGAACUGGCUAUCACCGCCACCACGGACGACUCUGGUGUGAUCAUGGGCGUGCGGCACCGUCAAUACACGAUCGAAGCCGUCCAGUACCACCCGGAAAGCAUUCUCAGCGAAGGCGGGGACGCCCUCAUGCGCAACUUUCUCGCUCUACGCGGUGGGACCUGGGAGGAGAACCCAGAGAGUCGGGUGCUGGACUCGACGCUGCCGCCGUUCGAGGUCAAAGGGGGAGGGGGGAAGAAAAUCCCGUCGGUGCUAGAAAAGAUCUACCACCAGCGUCUGGCGGACGUCACGCAGGCACAAUCCACGCCGGGGACGACUCUGGCGGAUUUGGAGACGCUGUACAGUCUGAAUGUUGCUCCGCCGCUUAUCCCGCUCCUCCCGCGGCUCACUUCCCGUCCUGCGCUGUUUGCCGAAGUGAAACGCGCGUCUCCGUCCAAGGGACCGAUAGCACCGAGUGUGUCCUCUGCGAGCCAGGCGCUGACGUACGCGUUGGCUGGUGCGCAUGUUGUGUCGGUGCUUACUGAGCCCAAGUGGUUCCUUGGGAGUUUGCAGGAUAUGCUGCAUGCGCGGAUGAGCGUGGGGACUCUGCCUGAUAGACCUGCUAUAUUGCGCAAGGACUUUAUAUUCAGUCGGUAUCAGGUGUUGGAGUCGCGUAUCUGGGGUGCAGACACCAUUUUGCUGAUUGUGGGUCUCCUACCCGAGGUGGCGUUGCGUGAUCUGUACGCGUACAGUCUGGAGCUGGGCAUGGAGCCGCUCGUCGAGGUGAACAAUGCGAGGGAGAUGGAACUCGCUCUGAGUCUUCCCGCCAAAGUCAUCGGGGUGAAUAACAGGAACCUGCAUGAUUUCCGGGUCGACAUGGAUACGACGACGAGGUUGGUCGAUAUGGCAAAAGGAAAGGGAGUGGUGCUCUGUGCGUUGAGCGGGAUCGCGACUGCCGCCGAUGUGAGCCGGUAUGCGAGCCAGGGCGUGGACGGGGUGCUUAUUGGUGAGAGUCUGAUGCGCGCCAAGGAUCCCGCCGCGUUUAUCCGUCAGCUCUUCUCGUUACCCCCGCCUCCUUCGACACCGUCUCAUCCAGUCCCGCCCCUCGUAAAAAUAUGCGGUGUUCGCACAAAGGACGAGGCGCUCGCUAUUGCAGACGCCGGUGCGGACAUGCUUGGCAUCAUGUUUGUCGAGUCGUCCAAGAGACACGUCAGUCUCGAUGUCGCGAGGGAGAUCUGCGCGUCAAUCCGUGCACUGAGGUUCUCUCGCCCGCCUCCUCCUCCUCCUCUUUCAUCCCUAGACAACGCCCCGUGGUUCACAUCCCACGCUGCCCGCCUCACCUCCUUCCCCCUCGUCGUCGGCGUCUUCCAAAACCAGCCCCUAGCUGAGAUACUCCAUGCUGUGAGCGCGUGCCAGCUGGAUAUCGUACAACUCCACGGUUCCGAGCCCGUCGAAUGGGCAACCCAGAUCCCCGUCCCCGUCAUCAAAGCCUUCCACUCCGAAGAGGGCAUCACACGCGGGGGGUACCACCACUUUAUACUCCUAGACAGCCUCCGUGACGACGGGGGCGGGGUAAGCGGUGGGACCGGCAAAGUGGUGGACUGGGAAUUCGCGAGCCGUGUCCCGCUCCCGGUUAUCCUCGCUGGGGGGCUCAAUCCGGGGAAUGUGGGCGCUGCAAUCGAGCAGGUCCGCCCGUGGGCUGUGGAUGUUAGUGGAGGUGUUGAGAGGGAAGAUGGGGAGAGCAAGGAUUUGGAUAAGGUUAGGGCAUUUAUACGACAUGCCAAGGCAGAGUAG